AUGAGACUCCAGCAGACGUUAUUCGACAAAGGAAUGUUUAUGACUAUUCAACCUUCAGAAGACGUGAUAAAGUAUGGCGAUAAAGAAUAUCAGAUCAAUGUCAUUCAGCCAGAUCUCAUAAUCGACUUGAGGAACAGGGCAAACCUCCGUCUCCUGGACGAAUAUGCUAUGUACGGAAGAAAGUGGACAUUGCCAGACCUGAAGGAACACCUCAUUAUAUUAGAAUACCGUGAUCUGAUGUAUGCCGAACGGCUGGCAGACAAGAAAGCAAAGGUAUUUGCCAAACAAUAUGCCAAAGCGAGACUCGAAGAGGCAGCCAAACCACGCGGCAAAUAUGCUAUUAUUCCUCGCCCUAAUCCAGAGGAAUAUAGGCGAUAA